UCACCAGGUGUAUAGACAUUUACCUGUGUUAAGGCUUAGCUGUCAAGUAUACCUGAAAUGUGAUCUCUGAUUACAGGUAGAUGGUCGCAACUACAGCUGUGUGUAUGUAGUGAUUUUCUACUCACUCGAGGUGUAACAACAUUUACUCGGAAUAUCCAUCAUAAACUCAGAACUUUUCGCCUCCAAUAACUGGACAUUAACGACUAGCACUCAGGAACAGAAACCUCUAUGACCUCUGUGACCUCAGUAAGGUAAAUCCUUUCUGGAAUGAAUCGAUAGUAACAGGAAAUUAUUUAUGCCAAAAAUGGCGAAGACAGUAGUGAGGAUACUGUUGUUGUUUUCGACACUCACUCUCUCGGGGUGUAUCGACUUGUCCUACAGCGUCCAGGAAGAACAGACGCCUCCGGUCAUACUUGGAAAUGUGGAGACAGACAGCUCCGUCCUCAGCCUCAUCGACACCGACCAACAACAAAAUCUCAAAUACAGUAUCCUGAACACAGCCGAGGGCUUCACGACCAACUUUGACCUUGAGGUCAAUACAGGUUUGCUUAAGCUUGGCAAAAAAUUGGAUCGUGAGGCAUUGUGUAACUCUGCCGUGACAUGCGUUUUACAACUUAGUAUCGCCGUAGCUUCGUCUGAUAAAUUCAUCACUUCCAUCAAAGUCAAUGUCACCGUACUGGACACAAACGAUCACAGACCUGUCUUCUCUCGGAGUUCCAUAUCCGUACCGAUUUCCGAGCGAUCAUCUGUGAAUCUAACAUUCCCUAUCAUUGGUGCUACAGAUAGAGAUGCUGUUGGUCUCAAUAAUUCCAAAAUCUUGUACGAUAUUUACCCCAACAGCGAGACAUUCGGCCUGAAACUGGUCUCAAGUUCUCAGGGAAGCACUGAUAUCAACUUGAUUCUGAAACAGACGGUUGACAGAGAGAAACUUGAUCACUAUCAAAUCUACGUUGUUGCGACAGACCGGGGUAUCCCGCCACUGUCCAGUUCACUUACAGUUGAUAUUACGGUUGAAGACUAUAACGACAACAAGCCAGUCUUCACGCAAAAUCGGUAUAACGCUACUGUCCGAGAGGAUGUUGCUGUCGAUACGGUGAUUGAGAUUGUGGUGGCUUCGGAUUUAGAUGCGGCUGAUAACGGAAAGGUGAAGUAUGAGUUCACGUUCCCGCAAACUUUGUUCAAGUUGAAUGAGGAAUCUGGAGAAAUAUCAGUCAUUCAGCAGCUCACGUAUUCAGCUGCCCCAAUGGAGCUGUCUGUCCGGGCUUACGACCUUGGUACUCCUCAACAAACUAGCCUCACCAUGGUAGAUGUCCAUAUUAUUGACAUAAACAAUCACGAUCCUGAAAUUAAUAUCCGUCUUCUUAGUACCUCCAGCUCGGCAACAGUCGAGGAGAACUCCAAUAUCGGAACUCUGGUGGCGUACGUUUCGGUUCAAGACAAGGAUAGUUCUAAUAAUGGAAAAGUGAACUGUUCUAUUAAGAGUUCUAAGUUUAGUUUGCUUCGUAUCUCUAAUUCCGAAUACACUGUGGUCACCGCAGAACAACUUGACCGUGAAGAAAAGAUAGAAUAUGUAAUCACAGUGGUGUGUGAGGACAAUGGUCAGCCGCGUAGGAACCAUUCCGCCAGCUUUAUUGUGGAAGUUCUCGACAAGAAUGACAACAUGCCAAUAUUCAUGCAGAGUGUCUACUACGGCAACCUCACGGAGAAUAACGAGGCUGGUAAAAUGGUGACUCGCGUCUCUGCCUCUGACAUGGACCAGGGUGUCAAUGCGGAGGUCAGAUAUUUUGUAGAAAGAGAUUUCGCGGAUAUGUUUUACGUAGAACCAACUUCAGGUGUUAUUAAGGCCAAUGUGAGAUUCGAUCGUGAACAAGUCAGUGAGGUGAAGUUUAAGGUUCUGGCCAUGGACUCGGGUGAAGACAUUCAGUAUACCUCGAACACAACCGUGAUACUGACCAUCAUUGAUGAUAAUGACGAAUAUCCAGUAUUCACACAAACGAAAUUCAACUUCUCAAUAACUGAAAAUAAGAAUGCUGAUACCCUACUUGGAAAUCUCUCAGCCACUGACAAAGACAUCGGCAUGAACGGACAGGUCACAUACUCCCUUCCCUCCCAGCACCAGAUGACCUUGCCCUUUGUCGUGUUCCCCAAUGGAACAGUUAAAUCAAAUCGUCCUCUGAACAGAGAGUUAAAAAGUAGCUAUGAUUUCAUCGUCAUGGCAACAGAUCGUGGUGUGCCAGCUUUAAGUAGUACAGCAAAAGUAUCGGUCCUAGUUUUAGAUGAAAACGACAAUUAUCCACAAAUUAUUUAUCCUGUUAAAAACAACGGUACCGUCACUGUGUCCCAUCUAACACCACCCGGUAAUGAAGUGACGAAAAUAGACGCAUAUGACCUUGACGAAGGUCGUAAUGGUGCUUUAGUGUUCUCAAUGUCACCAUCAAGUGCUAAUGAAUUAUUUUACAUAGAAGAGACAAGUGGAAAGAUUUAUCUUGCAAAAGAAAUCCGCAAAGAGGAUAUUAAAGACUAUAACCUCAUGAUAGAGGUCAGUGACAAGGGCAUCGUGCCAAAAAAGAGUGGUGCCGAUAUCACGCUGAGAGUCGAGUUCACUGUGACUGAGGAGACAUCUCAGCCAGGCAUCGGCCAAAACGUUCUCAUCGCCAUCACUAUAGCAUGUGUGACAAUAGUGCUAUCAUUAGCAAUUUUAGUGACAAUAUUUUUAAUUCGGAGAGCGGACUCGUCCAAGGGGAGUGGACGUGGAAGUCUCACUGAACAUGAGGAAGUGAAAGUGACAGAGACAUUACAUAUUCCUCCGAAAAAGCCAUGCUUAGCCAGGGAGGGGGCACGCCCACCCCUCCCAGAUAAUAACAAUAGUGUUCAUUACGAGGUGAAAAAAGAAGUUAGUUUUUCUAUGGACGAUCAUGAUCACAGAGAUUCUGGGAUAUUUAUGAUCGCUAACGACCACUCGAGUCCCGUUCCCAUGACGAAGCUGAGUAAAACCAGACAACUACAGACAUUUAUAUCACAGCAGCACUCAAACCGAGAUAUUCCAGAACGGCGAGGGGAAAACCCAGCGCAAGACGAGCUUCAUCGCAUGGCAUCCAUACGACUACAUGAAAAGCUGAUGCAUUCCUACAACAAACCCCUAGUCUAUCAUCCAGAUGAGAAUCGACAGUUAUUACUCCUGAAAAAAGGAUUAGAGGAUUCGCGAAGUGACAACUCAGGGGAGGUAACUACCGACAGUGGACGGGGAGGCAGCGAAGAAGAUAUGCAUCAUGCUAGCAUUAUGAUAUAACAAAAUGGAAGGAAUUUUGGGAAAGGCAAUUUUACAUUAUAUGGCAGUGGAGACAUUAUAGGGAGAUAUUGUACUAUAAUGUAUAAGGUUGACAUGGAAGCUGGCUAUCAUUAUGGCUAGAGGUCAGGACUGGCCGGGGGGUAGAGGU